UUCACGCUCCUCGGAAGUGUUAUAAUUGGGCCCCGGAGUUCAUUGAUCUGUCACAGAGAUUGACAGCGCUGUAUAGUCAUUUACUGUCAUUGGAUGAGUCCUCGCGCUUAUGAGGAGUUUCGUUCGUUCUCAACUUUAAGCACGGACGCGCGACUCUCUCCAACAACAUCCUUCUGGAUCACUCCAUAAAACGACUUCCACCAAUGCACAAGUGAGUGAUAACCAUGAACGAACUGAAAACGCCAAUGAAACUCCUCCACAAGUCGUCUUUCAGCAUCAGCAGUUUGUUAUUUCAAAGCGAGAUGCUGAUGAAUGAGCGUGGUCCCCUCGUGGAUACGUCGCGCUCUGGAGAUAUCAAGACUCUGUCCCGAGAACAGUUUUUCACGGACCAGAAAACGAGAUGUGCACUUAUUCGAGAUGGGAAAUAUACUUUCAAGGAUGACAAGAAAAACUGUAAGGCACGCUGCAGCUCAAUGCGUGUUGAUAAAUUGUUACCCAGUGAUAAGAAAAGAAAGGGGGUGAAUAAAUCGGUUGACAGAGUUGAGGUGAAAACAGAAAGAGAAGGAGACAGAGGGAGGAAUGGUAAACCUGAGAAACCCCCUUUCAGUUAUAAUGCUUUGAUCAUGAUGGCUAUUCGGCAAAGCCCGGGAAGGCGGCUUACACUCAAUGGUAUUUAUGAAUUUAUCAUGGACAAUUUCCCGUACUACAGGGACAAUAGGCAAGGGUGGCAAAACUCCAUUCGGCACAACCUGAGCCUCAACAAGUGCUUCGUAAAAGUGCCGCGCCACUAUGAUGACCCGGGAAAAGGCAACUACUGGAUGCUGGACCCAUCCAGUGAGGACGUAUUCAUCGGUGGCACGACGGGGAAGCUCCGACGGCGUUCAACGGCUGCGUCCAAAGCAAAACUGGCCAUGAAGAGAGGACCUCGAAUGGCGUCCGCCUCUGCUGCAGGUCUGGCAUUCACGGGAUCCUUCUACUGGCCAGUGCCUCCUCUCCUGGCCCUGCAACACUCUGCACACUCACACCCAUGUUCGACGUCUUUUCUAGGGUCAUCUCAGAGUAACUACGCAGCCUCGUUGCUCUCUCACAGCUCGCACUUAACUUCGGCUGUACCCCCCAGCUCGGACAGGCAGUUGCCAGCCACCCAAGAGAACACUUGCUUUGGAAUAGGGGGAGAACAACACCGACAUCACCAAAUGACUGCAACUGCUUCCUUUGCGUCGUCUUCCUUGCCUUGUUCAUUGCCUCUACCAUGCUCUUUUAACCUGCUCUCUGGUCAAACCAGUUACUUUUAUUCGCAUCAGGUUCCAAACCUGGCCGAUUUUACGUCUUGGUCUCAAGAUGACCACUCACAACCUAAACCAUCACCAGUCGGGCCUUUUCUGUCUGGAAGGAGUUCCUCUGAUUACAUAAGUGGCUUUUGCUCAGAGCUUCCCAACUAUUUUUCUCCUUUCAGCUCCUCUCUCAACAUGCAGUAAAAUGUUGUCAUCACCUACUACACUUUAUAAUCCAACAUGGUAAUUUUACUGCCUUGGAAAGUGACAACACCAUAAUAAGUUUUUAAAAAUUCUGUGUUUUAAAAAAGGUCAUUUUAUGGAACUGAAAUAUUUAAUGUGUGGUAUUAUCAUCUAAGCACAAUUCAUUAUUAAACAGGAUGCUAUGAUGCAGUGACUGUUGAGAGUAAGUCCUGGCAGCUUACUCUCACUCAGUGUUAUGGAGAAAAUCUGUGUGUGUGUGUGUGUGUGUGUGUGUGUGUGUGUGUGUGUGUGUGUGUGUGUGUGUGUGUGCGUGCGUGCAUGCAUUCCACAAAUUUUCAGGAGAUAGGUUUGCAUGCAUCAUAAUCUUAGCCUAUACCUGCUUGUUAAUGGAGAGCCUGUGUAUCUUCAACAUCUUUGAUUAUGUUCAUGGACUGUAUAAAACUAUGUAAAUACUAUGAGAGACAUGUUUCAAAUACCCAAUUGGUCAUUAAAGUAUUAAUUAUGCAGUAAUGCCCAGAUGUACAGUGUUCUGCAAUUGGGCAUUGACUAAAACGUUGCGUAACCCAAUGAACCUCAUUCAGAGUAUUGUGCAAAAAAAUUGUUAUAAGGUGGCACCACAAUAAAGUGCUCUGGAAAAACAUGGAGUUUAUUGUGCUGAACCUGGCUUGUAUUCCAGUAGGAUGAAUGA